AUAACGACAGAUGUCUCGAAAACCGUGGGUUUAACAGGAGGGGUGAAAGGAGAAAAAACGCCCAGUCUCAUAUUGGACCUCGAGGAGUGAGUAGAGUAGGACCGCGUGCAGCUGGAUCACAUUCACUACAACUGGAGAGAAGAAAGUGCAGCUAACGCACUGCUGAGGACCGAAUUCACAACAGGACAGAACCAGGACAUAUCAUGGGAGCCAAGCUUAGCAAACGGAAGAAGGGAUACGAUGUCAGUGACCCUAAAGAGAAGAAAGAGGAGAGUCCUGUGGCGACAGUUGACCCAGCUGAGAAGAAGGCAGAGGCAACUGGGACUGAGGCAGAGGCAGUGUCCCAACAGGCUGCAGUGGAAAAUACUGUAGCACCAGUGGUGGAGUCUGAAGCACCAGCUGAACAGUCUGCCUCUAUUUCAACAACACAACUAGAGGUAAGGAAAGACGAUGCUGCACCAGAAGAACCAACAAAAGAGGCCUCUACUGCUGCACCAAAGGAAUCAGGGGCUGUAAAACAAGCAGCCUUUCCAGAGUCACAAGCAACAGAAGUACCAGUAUCUGCAUCAGAGGCACUAGCAGCAGAGGUUCCAGCAUCUGCAGUUGUGGAACCAGCAGCCGAGGGACCAGCAACUACACCAAAGGCAGCUGCACCUGAGCCACCAGCAGCUGAGGAACCUGUAGCCACACCUAAGGAACCAGCUGCAGUCCCAGAGGCACCAGUAAUGGAGGAACCUUACCCUGCACCAGAGGAAUCAGCAGCAUCAGAGGCACCAGUGUCAGAUAAAUCUGCAGUUGCACCUAAGGAACCAGAUGCACCGGUAAUAGAGGAACAUGCAACUGCAUCUAAGAAGCCAGCAUCUCUGCCAGAGGAACCAGUGACAGAGGAACCUCCAGCUAAACUUGAAGAACUUGCAGCUGUGGCAGAUGUACCAGUGAGAGAGUAACCUGUAACAAUAUCUGAGGAACCAGUAACAAUGUCAGAAGUACAAGCAGCAGAGCUUGAGAAACCAGAAGCUGCCCCAGAGGCAGAGGAAUCUACAGCUGUACCCGAGGAGCCAGCAACUGUGCUAGAGGAGCCAGUUUCAUUGCCAGUGGAACCUUUUACAGAGCAGCUAGUUGAGAAAGCUUUUGAGGAUGUUGUAAAUGCCAGUGAAGUGUCCACUGAAAUGACUAAAACCACAGAGGCUAUGCCAGAACCAGAGACUGUCACUGAGGCAGCAACUCCAGAACCAGCUGCUGAGUCUGACACAGUGCCUGAGCCUGUUUCCGAAGCAUUGAGUGUGGUGGAGGUAGAGGCAGCUGUGCCUUCCCUGGAGAAACCCACACCAAUCACAGAACCCGAGUCUCAGACUGCUGCACCUCCUGAGGCCACACUAACACAAGCAAUGCCUGAGCCAUCUCCAGAGCCAAGCAAACUCAAACCUGCCCCAGAGGAGUCAAUCCCUUCGAUUGUCAUCUUAGAAUCAACCUCGUCUAAUGAGAUCUCCCUCGAGGAAACUGUGCCGACUGUCACAGAUCUGAAGCUGGAUAAUGGAGUGUGUGAGAGUUCUGGCUCAGCAGAGCAAUCUGUGCUGGCACCCCUUGAAGUAAAUGGUGAAUGCCAUGAGCAGGCACCAGAGGUAGCCCCCAUGGACGUCCCCAAGUCUCCUGCUGAAGAAUGUGUAAACGGUGUGAAGGAAAAAGAACCCCCUCUAGAACAGAGUGACUGUGAAUUGAAAAAGGACUUGAGUUUGGCUGCUGACAUUCAAGUUCCAUCUCCAAUUGGUGACAUGGUAGAGGUGCCACAGUGAGUCAGGCUGUCGACUUAAUCUGAGAAACAAACCUUACAUUUUAAUCCCAUAUUGAUGCGAACAAACAAAACAAUCGUCUGACAACACAGGCUUUCCGAAAUCGAAUAUAAAAAUGCCUGUUGUGCUCUCUCAGGCAAAAAGAAUUUCUGGUUAACCAAAAAGAAGUAAAACCACCCAAGAGCUAUGAGAAAGAAUACAACAGUGAGGUUGAAAGACUAAAAGGAAAUUGGAGGGAGAGAGUGAGUGAGAGAGAGAGAGAGAGAGAGAGAGAGAGCAGUGUUUGAAGUCUUUGUGCCCUGUGUCCUGCUGUCAUUGGAGAGGGCAAGCUUGCAGGCCUGGUGAAUAUGUAAGCAGAGAGAUGAUUACACUUGAACAGAAAAAAGAAUAAAAACAACUAAUGUAGAAGACAGAACAGAAAUACUGGACAGUAACAUUGAAGUGAUUGAAUAGUUUAAUCUUUUGUGUGUGAGCCUGAUAAAUAUUAUAAUGGUUUAUUGAAUUAGCAUUUGAUAGUAUUUAAUCUAAUUUAGACCACUUGUCAUUUCUGUCACCCUGUUGAGGACAAAGCAUUUUAAACUUUCAUGAUGAGAGAAACAGUGAGGAAUGUUCAUUUUAACUUAAUGGCUUGGCAUAGAAAAUAAAACACUGUUUUACCUUAAAAA